AUGACAAGAGUGACGAUGACGUAUCGUAGUGGUAUUCUCCUUCAACUCACUGUUGCCUUUGCUUUACUGUUUACUGCUGUUACGAUUACGGUCUCUGGUGAUAAUACCCAAUCAUUACAGGAGGAAGAAACCUCAACAGUACCAUACUAUGGACGAUUGUUAAUUCACCCAAACUUCUUUAAUCACCCAGACGCGGUGAAUCCACUAUGGCGAGUCCAACAAGGAGAAGUGGUUCUCAGUAAUGCCCAACACUCCUUUCGUGUACCCACACAAGUGGAUGGAUCCUUUGUUAUUUAUGAUCUUCCCUAUGGUACCUAUUAUCUUCAUGCGGAAUAUGCGAACUUUGUGUAUCCCAAUAUUCGCGUAGAUGUAACUCAAAAGACCUCACAAGGUGUGGUCACUCCCGUUAUUCGCACCUACACAAAUGAUGUGUUAAUGACUCCUGUUCAGGGAACGGGUUUGGAUGAGUCUUCACCUGCACUUAUUCCUUUUGCCUCUGUACAUCUUUACUAUACCCCGCGUGAACAGUAUAGUGUGUGGGACUUCUUUAAGAAUCCCAUGAUUAUUAUGAUGAUGGUAUCAAUGGCAAUGGUGGGUCUAACGCAAUUAAUGCCAGAAGAGGACCGUAAAGAGUCUACACGGGAAUUGCAGCGAUUACGUCGACAACUCACUGGAGAAACGGAUGUGGAAGAUAAUAGGAAACGACCAGCAGUGACGGCCUCUGCAGGAGAACAGGAAAAGAAAUCCAAGUGA